AUGUCUGACUCGGACAAGACAGGGCCCGCUUGGGGUAGAUUACUGAUUGAGCAGUACUUUAUACUAAACUGGGACUUCUCCUCGACCGAAAAUCCAGACCAGCAACGAAGCAGGCUUGUCACUGAUUUUCUCAACCUAAACAUUCUUCCUCUUAAAUGGUUCAAAAUUCCCAAAGACCUCCCUGCCCAGGGUUUCGGGUUUCGACUACCUACAACAGAAGAAAUUGAUAUAAUUCUUCGACCUUAUCGCUGUGAAGAAUUGCGAUGGUACGCAAUGGAUCCAUAUCCAGAUGAUAUAUGUCCCUAUCUCUUGCGUACUUAUUAUAGCACCUCAGAGGACCAGAGAGCCAAAGAUGAUGCGCAAAUGGAAGAAUGGAUCGACACAGAAAUAUUUGGGGAAGAAGCUGAAUGGGCUGUUCUCGACAGUGAGGACUUAUUCAAUUUUGGCCCCGGUCCAGACUCCUGGCGCCGAAUCUACGAUAUCCUACCCGAGCUCGCUGGUCCGCUUUUAAUCCAACCUUCUCGCUCUAGUGAUGGUGAACGUAUAGUCAAGCGCGUCCCUGAGCCAAGCGACGACAUCUUGAAGAAUAUGUACCCUUAUUUCAAGAGGGAUCUCGCUAUCGCAAAAGAAAACGACCCCGGAGCGUGGCUUCAUGAGCGGGAUUCAGUAAUUGAAUCAACUGGGACGGCAUUACAGAAAGUUGCUACAAGCACGUAUAUGAUCAUUGCAGAUGAGGAAGCCUUCCAAACGGGAAAGCUCCUGGUGCUUUAUUUAGACGGCUUUCGACGGGUUAUUCGUGAGGCCCGUAUUGAUGGCGAGCGCGACGAUAUCGGUAGUAUUGUCGGGUCAUGGAUGGAAACGAGUGAUCUUUUGGAAUAUUCGACUCUUUCGGAGAGAUAUCGAGUCAACGGUGAUCUGGGGCGCGAAUUGUAUCAAUUGACUGAGGUCCUUGCGGAUCUGUGA